CAGCUCGCUAGGAACCUGUCCCUUGCCUCACCUAGCAUCACAUUUUGCACGACAAGAUGCCUGUGCCACGAGGCGCCAAGCCCGCGGCUUCCUCGAAGGGGAACCCCUUCGACUCCGACUCCGACUCCGAGUUCACCUCCAAACCGGGCAAGAAAUCGUCGUCGUCGUCGUACUCGGCCCCCGCCGACGCCAAGAAGCGGUACAAGGACGGGUUCCGCGACACCGGCGGGCUGGAGAACCAGUCGGUGCAGGAGCUGGAGCACUACGCGGCGUACAAGGCCGAGGAGACCACGGACGCGCUCAAGGGGUGCCUGCGCAUCGCCGAGGACAUCAAGGAGGACGCCACCAACACGCUCAUCACGCUGCACAAGCAGGGGCAGCAGAUCAGCCGGACCCACGAGAAGGCCGUCGACAUCGACCAGGACCUCACCAAGAGCGAGUCGCUCCUCGGGAGCCUUGGAGGGUUCUUCUCCAAGCCAUGGAAGCCCAAGAAAACGAGGCAGAUCAAGGGGCCAGCCCUUGUGUCGCGAGAUGAUUCCUUCAAGAAGAAGGCGAGCCGCAUGGAGCAGAGGGACAAGCUGGGGCUGAGCCCUCGAGGGAAAUCGAGCAAUCGCCACUACGCCGAGGCCACCGACGCCAUGGACAAAGUUCAGGUGGAGAAGCAGAAGCAGGACGACGCCCUCGAUGACCUAAGCGGCGUGCUGGGCCAGCUCAAGGGCAUGGCCGUCGACAUGGGUUCAGAGCUUGACAGGCAAAACGAAGCGCUGGAUCAUCUGCAAGACGAUGUGGAUGAGCUGAACUCCAGGGUGAAGGGAGCCAACCAGCGUGCGCGCAAGCUGGUCGGCAAGUAGGCCUCAAACGUGGGAGACGAGCUUGCAUUUCUUGGAUUUGAUUUACAGCACAACGAAAGAAAAAGGAAAUUGUGUAGGAUCAACCCCACUGGCACGGGUUUUGGUAAAAUGAUUAACCAAGUUUUGUUUGCUUGUAACGUGUAUCGCUCUCCGUUAUAUCGAGGGCAAGUUCGUAUAAACAUUUUUGGUUGAACAUAAAUUGUUUUUCUCGUUGAUCAUGUUU